AUGCCUCUCUACAAGCCCUCAAACACCAACGUGCACGUGACCGCGCAAUUCUCCCUCAAAGGCAAAACCGCAGCGGUAACGGGAGGCGUCCGAGGCAUCGGCCUAGCCGCGUCGCGCGCUCUAGCAGAAGCGGGCGCGAACGUAGCGAUCCUCUACAGCAGCAGCAAAGACGCCGAAUCCACCGCAUCAACACUGGCGUCUGAAACGGGCGUAACAGUCAAAGCCUACAAAGCCUCCGUGCAGAACAAAGACGAGAUCGACAGCGUGCUCAAGACCAUCGCAUCCGACUUCGGCGGGACGCUGGACAUUGUCGUCGCGAACGCGGGCAUCGCGAAUCACUAUCCCGCCGAGGAGUACACAGAAGAGCAGUGGCGCGAGGUCAUGGCCGUGAACCUCGACGGAGCGUUCUACACUGCGCAAUCGGCCGGCAACAUCUUCAAGAAACAGGGCCACGGGAACUUGAUCUUCACUGCGUCCGUCUCGGCGAUCCUCGUCAACGUUCCCCAGAAGCAGGCCGCUUAUAAUGCGUCAAAGGCCGGUGUCGUGCAGCUUGCGCGCUGCUUGAGUGUCGAGUGGGUUGAUUUCGCGAGAGUCAAUUGUAUUAGUCCUGGGUUCAUUGCUACGGAUAUGCUGGAUGUGCAUCCGCAGGAGUGGAGGGAUAAGUGGUUUGGCAUGAUUCCGGCCAAGAGGCUGUGUGAUCCGGAGGAGUUGAAGGGGGCUUAUGUGUUUUUGGCUAGUGAUGCUAGCACGUAUAUGAGUAAGUUUAUCUUCCCUGUUUGCUUGCUUUGUUGCUUGCGUUUGAGGAAUUGGAUGUGUGUUAACUUGUGUUUGCAGCUGGUGCGAACAUGGUGA